GAAGAAGUAAAGUCUAAACAUCCAAAGAUUACAUAUGCCGAUCUCUACCAGCUUGCUAGCAUUGUUGCAGUGGAAGUCACUGGACCCCUCUAUUGACUUUGUUCCAAGAAGGAAGGAUUCAUUGGAAUCUCCUGAAGAAGGGUGCCUUCCUGAUGCCAGACAAGGUGCAAAGCAUUUAAGAGAUGUCUUUUAUCGCAUGGGCUUAUCUGACAAGGACAUUGUGGCAUUGGCUGGAGGCCACACAUUGGGAAAGGCACACAAGGAGAGAUCAGGAUUCGAAAGUCUACCUUGGACAACUGACCCUUUGAAGUUUGAUAAUUCAUAUUUUGUGUAAGAAAUCAAUGAAAACUUAAUUUGGUA